GGUAGUGGCUUGGUUGUCAUUAUCAUUAUCAUUGUCAAUUUCGAACCGAUAUGUCAUUUUGACAAAAGACGCAUCUGUCAGUAGUGUCAAUGGAAAAGUCUGGUAUAAAUCGAAAGGGAAUUUCUCGUUAGUUUUUAUAUUUUGUGGCCUAAGGCUUGGAGGCAGGCCAGGUCAGUCGGCCAUAUCUGGCGCUGCUGGUGUUGGCUGCUCCGAGAUCGACUGUAUACCACGGACCACGGUAGUAUCAUGCGAUAAAUUUUAACAAUUGUGUGGUGCAGCCGCUGAUAAGAGUGUAGGGACAUGUCUGUUUAAUAAACAGGGGUGAAGGUGCAAGUUUGGGGUAAUUUAACCGGAAUUUGAGGCCAUUUAAAAACUGCAGCAAUAUGUGUCGCUUGAAGAAGACUCAUAAAUGCAUAAUAUAAUAUGAGAAAAAAAAUUAGGUUAAAAUACGCCAAUUAAUAAUAGCGUUAAACAAUAUUGGACUGUACAUAGGUAUGUAAAUGUCUUUAUUUAUUACAAGUUGGAGUACCUUCAGAAAAUGCUUAACCGUUGCUAUUAUAUUAUCAAGUGGUAUUAAAAAAUAGUGCAAACCAUAGAAAAUGGCUAGUACAUUUGAUCAUGAAGAUAAGGACAGCUGGUACUUUGGUCCAAUUAGCAGGAAAGAAGCUACCGAUUUGCUCAUGGCAGAACGGGGAGGUGGUGUUUUCUUAGUGCGUGAUAGUGCUACUUGUGUUGGAGACUUUGUAUUGUGUGUAAAGGAAGACAGUAAAGUGAGCCAUUACAUAAUUAAUAAAAUGCAAGAAUCGCAACAAAUUAAGUAUAGGAUUGGAGAUCAAAUUUUUGCAGAUUUACCAAGCUUGCUUUCAUUCUAUAAGCUUCAUUAUUUAGAUACAACACCACUUAUUAGACCUGCUUCUAAAAAAGUAGAGAAAGUUAUUGCUAAAUUUGAUUUUGAGGGUCAGGAUCCUGAUGAUCUAGUCUUUAGAAAAGGAGAGAUCCUUACAAUUGUCGCAAAAGAUGAAGAGCAGUGGUGGACUGCCGUUAAUAGUGCUGGACAAAGAGGAUCUAUACCUGUUCCAUAUGUACAAAAGUAUGAAGAAGGACAAGCUCCUACUGAAAUUCCGAGGCCUGGUUCAGGGGGUAGUGUAACAAGUUCGACACAACAACAAGCCGAAACUGCCAUGAAACGAAGUCAGAUGCAACGAAAACUUCCAGCGAAAGCACGAGUGAAACAAGUACGUGUCCCAAACGCUUACGAUAAAACCGCUUUAAAACUGGAAAUCGGGGAUAUUAUCACUGUUACUAAGACUAACAUAAAUGGACAGUGGGAAGGGGAGUUAAAUGGAAAAACUGGCUAUUUUCCUUUUACACAUGUAGAAUUUUUAGAUAAUGAUAAUGAAAUUUAGUGUUUUUUAUUGAUUAUAUUAUUGUAUAAAUGCUCCAUUCUGCUGUAUAUUUAUUAAAUUUAUUUGGCACUAACAUACAAUGUUUAUCCUGAUUACAAGCUAUUUGCGUUGUUAAUAUCGAAUUGUAUUUUUAUUAAUUACAUAUCAAUAUUUACAUAAAUGGAAUUUA